AUGAUGGUUAGGACUUCAGUCCUUUAUCAGACUCCAUUCUUGAUACCUCAAGAAGAUCAUGCAAAAGCCAAAGAAUUCAACUUCAUCUUGAAGGAGCAAGAAUGGAUUUCUAUGAUCAAGAAAUGCAACAACAUGUUGGAGUUGAAGCAAGUUCAUGGCCAAAUCUUGAAACUUGGAUUCAUUUAUAACUCCUUCUGUGUAGGCAAUCUUUUAUCCACUUGUGCACUUUCAGAAUGGCGCAGCAUGGACUAUGCUUGUUCGAUUUUCGGGGAGAUCAUUGAUCCAGGUUCAUUUGAAUACAAUACUUUAAUAAGAGGAUAUGUCAAGGAUAUGAACUUGGAAGAAGCUCUACUUUGGUAUAUUCAUAUGAUUGAAGAUGGGGUUGAACCAGAUAACUUCUCAUAUCCUGCACUUCUUAAGGUAUGUGCUCGAUUCCGGGCACUCAAAGAAGGAAAGCAGAUUCAUGGGCAAGUUUUGAAGUUUGGACAUGAGGAUGACAUGUUUGUGCAGAACAGUUUGAUCAAUAUAUAUGGAAAGUGUGGAGAAAUUAGGCAAUCUUGCCUUGUCUUUGAGCAAAUGGAUCAAAGAAGUAUAGCUUCUUGGAGUGCACUUAUUGCAGGUCAUGCUAACUUGGGACUAUGGUCUGACUGCCUCAAAGUUUUUGGUGAAAUGAACACUGAGGGAUGUUGGAGGGCAGAGGAAAGUACACUGGUUAGUGUUAUUUCUGCUUGUGCUCAUUUGGAUGCCCUUGAUUUUGGGAAAGCCACACAUGGAUAUCUUUUAAGAAACAUGACUGGUCUCAAUGUUAUAGUAGAGACAUCCUUAAUAGACAUGUAUGUUAAAUGUGGAUGUCUAGAGAAAGGGUUAUUUCUCUUUCAAAGAAUGACAAACAAGAAUCAGAUGUCCUAUAGUACCAUAAUCUCGGGGCUGGCCAUGCACGGUCGUGGGGAGGAAGCACUAAGGAUCUACCACGAAAUGCUCAAGGAAAGAUUGGAACCUGAUGAUGUUGUUUAUGUAGGGGUUUUGAGUGCUUGUAGUCAUGCUGGAUUGGUUGAAGAAGGGCUAAAAUGUUUUGACAGGAUGAGACUGGAGCAUCGGAUAGAGCCAACGAUUCAGCAUUAUGGGUGUAUGGUUGAUCUCUUGGGACGAGCUGGGAGGCUCGAGGAAGCUUUGGAGCUCAUCAAAGGCAUGUCAAUGGAGCCAAACGACGUCUUAUGGAGAAGUCUGCUAAGUGCUUGCAGAGUUCAUCGGAACGUUGAGUUGGGAGAAGUAGCAGCCAAGAAUCUUUUCAAGUUGAAAUCAAGAAAUGCCAGUGACUAUGUCAUGCUCUGCAAUAUGUAUGCACAAGCUAAAAUGUGGGAAAAGAUGGCUGCAAUUCGGACAAAAAUGGUUAAUGAAGGGAUAAGUCAAGUACCUGGUUCUUGCUUGGUUGAAGCAAACAGAAAGGUCUACAAGUUUGUGUCACAAGAUAGGUCACAUACCUGCAGUGAUGUGGUGUAUGACAUGCUUCACCAAAUGGAAUGGCAACUGAAAUUUGAAGGGUAUUCUCCGGAUACAUCAUUGGCACUGUUUGAUGUAGACGAAGAAGAGAAGAGGCAAAGACUGAGCACUCAUUGUCAAAAGCUGGCUAUUGCAUUUGCACUUAUAAAAACAUCUCAAGGUUCUCCUAUAAGGAUAGUGAGAAAUGUCAGAAUGUGCAGGGAUUGUCAUACAUACACUAAACUAAUUUCCAUGAUUUACGAAAGAAAUAUCAUUGUUAGGGAUAGAAAUCGGUUCCACCAUUUCAAAGAUGGAACUUGCUCUUGUAAAGACUACUGGUGAAUACAUAUUCUUUUCCCCUUCAAA